GGGGUUACUUACCAGUUGACACUCUGACAAGACCCAUCCCCUAGUUUCCCACCACUAGUCUUGCUUCUACCCUCAAGUGAGGACUGUACUAUGAAUCUUUUGUUAGGAAGCUGCUGCUUGAGAGGCUCUGCCUCUAUGCGACUGGGACGAGACCUACUCUACAAGAAAAAUCUCCUGAUUAGUAAGAGCCCGCCAGGAGAGGAGGACUAGAUCUCUCCAGUGAAAGCUGGGACCAGGAGAGGUGGACAGUUUUCCCUCCUCCAAAAGCCCUCAAGAGUCCUCAUCCAAUGGAAGAGUGUGCUGCCCGGGAGGCUAAUUUCCACCUUCAGUUCUACCCACUCCUGCUUCGCCUGCUCCACCUUUCCCUAAAGAACUAUCGCCUCAUACGCAGAGGUCAGCGAAUCCAUUUUGGGGUAGUUUAAAACAAGCACGCACGGCCCAAAAAAGGAGGGGCUGUAGCCCUUUAAGGACUUCGCCAGGAUGGAUUCGGAGAGGAGUUUAAAAAUGCCAACUCACAGAGCGCGCUGGAUUCUGGGAACGAGGUGCCAGACCGAGAACUACAUUGACCAGUGUGCAACGCAAACACACACGCCUUUACUUCCUUUUGCUCUUUAGGACUCUGGUUUGACGUAGCGCUCCUCAAAGCAAGCUGCCUUAGGCUUAAGGCUCAGCCACACCCUUUCACCUAUUGGUGAGCUCGUGAGUUGGUGGGCGUGGCCUAGCGCAGCUCACCCAGGCAAAGGGGUGGCCUCCUUGCCAAUCAGAGCUAAGACGGCCGGAGAGGCGGGACCUGGGCGAAGUGCUGGCGCCCCAGAGUGGGUGUGGUCACGCUGCCCAGCAGUGGGCGGUGAUUGGCCCUAGGCGGUGCAAUCGCAGCUUGUGCGUCACGACGCCGCCAGCUGAUCGGAGCCUGGAGCCGGUGUGUGCUGGGCGCAGGGAAGACACAGCGCCGCCGGCCGUGGGGGACGGACGCACUGAUUUGCUCCCCUACCCUCAGCAGCCCCCCCACCCAGCACCAGGUGGGUGUGAGCUGGGGUCUCCGCCGCACAGGAGGGAACCGUGCUAACAGGGAGCCUGUCCCUCCCACAUCCUCAACUGGCUGAGCCGCAGUAGUUCUUCAGUGGCAAGCUUUAUGUCCUGACCCAGCUAAAGCUGCCAGUUGAAGAACUGUUGCCCUCUGCCCCUGGCUUCAAGGAGGAGGAGGAAGAGGAGAAGGAGCUGCUUUCCCCCUCAUCUGGAAGGUGACGGAACUGGGGCUGGGAAGGUCAGAACAGCGGGAGUGGUGAUGCCUUUUGGAAAAGGGAACCUUGUUCAGUUGGAGACCCUUCAGCCAGAUUGGCCCAGCAAGAGAGAACAGUUGUAGAUUAGAGACCCUUGUUGGGCUGGGGACUAGAUGGCUGUGACUACCCAAGGUUAGUUGGUCUACAUCAGUGUGUGACAAAGGGAAGACAAUGGGAGCAAAGAAAACUGGCAACACCUUUACUCAGAUGUCUUUCUUGACCCUCCUUCCUGUCUCCCUUUCUUUCCUACUGCCUUUCCAGGUGAGGUCCAAAGUAAAUUUCAUCUUCAGGGAAGAGGUCAUACUGAAACUCCCAUCUGAGUAGUCAACCCCAUGCUCUUAGCUUUCCCUGUAUUUCCUCAGACUGGCCUAGACUCCAGUUACAGGGAUAAAUCACCUAUAUGUGGGACCCUUGGGCCUCUUGUCUCAGCUUCAACACCUGUGAGAUGCAGAAUCAUACAGUUGAAUGUGCAGGAGGGAAUCAGAAGCCUACUGUGCAGACUCAGAGCCUGGGCUCUCUUCUCCCUGUGGGUGGGAACAAAACAGCUUUUCAUAUAAGCUGUUGCCCCUCCCCCCAUCCCUAACCAACACAACCCCAGGAGCUGGGGGUGGGGGGAGGAUUAGAGGGAGGGGGCUAGAGUUAGACCAGGGCUAGGGGCUGGAGGAGCUCAGUCUCUACAUUGACUUCCCACCAUACAAAGGUGGCCCCAGGUUUCCUCUGCCACCCAAAACAGAACCGCAGCCCCUGAUGGGGUUCCAACUGCUGUUCCUCUGUUUCUUCUCUCACUUUACCUUCCAGGAUAAUUUGUGAGACUCAGCUCAGGCUUAUGAGGCGGGAAAUUCUCUCCAGCAACCAGGCGAGAUGGGUUGUGGGAUGUGACCCCCUCUGGGGAAUCAAGCUGUGUAAACCUAGCACCCCUGGCUCCUGAUGCCACGUAACUCUUGGGGCUCAGGCUCUGGUGUGGUUCAACCGUGGCCCAGCCUCCCUGCCUGAAGGUGGCCAAAUUCAGGGGCUGCAGAAAGCUGUCCUGCUGUGGGGCACAAGAUGUACAGGUAGCUGGGUCCUUUUCUCCACUUAUGAGAGAGAUUUAGGGGAGAGUAGAUCACUGAACCCACCCUUCUGCAGCCUAGGCUGGAUGCGUGUGGGACUGCGGUGGAGGGGGUGGGUAGACUGGGUCCACUCAUAGGCUGCAACAAAGAUUGUUCUGUCCCUGGACAUUGCUUCCGUCCUUUCUUCCCCUCUCCGCUUCACUGGCCACAGUGUCUCCCUCCAGCCCUGGGUAUGUGGCUCUGCCAUCCUCACCCGUCAUGGAGCAGAGAUGAGGAAGAGCAGCCUGGGAACACAGAGGCAGGCAGAAGACCAGUGAAGGACCAGGCCCGGAGAGCACAGGGCCCUGUCUGGGCACCCCGCAGAGGGGACCCAUAAAGGCCAGGAGCACCCCAGGAGGAGGGAGGACGGCCAGCCUCCAUCAAGAACAAGCUCCCGGCCACUGGCUUCAUUCACUCUUUCUCUCCAGUGUCACUACCUCCCUGAGAUAUGAGACUGUGUUAAAAUGUCCUGUUGCUUCAUCCUCCUACUUCUACUCCCUACCCUAUAGAGUGAUACAAAGCAGCCUCAAGGAGCAAGAACCAGCUGUGAAAGGACAUAUGUAGGGAAUUCAUAGAAGAAAUUCAAAUGGAUAAAACCAUGAAAAACACUGUGUGCUUCAUUAGUAAUUAAAGAAAGACAAACAUAGCUGAAAGCAUUUUUCCCUCGGCAAACUAUAUUUUAAAAAAUAAAAAAAGGAAGACCCAGUAUCGGCAAAGGAGCACUAAAAUAACACUCCCAUACCUUGUAUAUGGGGGUGCGAAUUGGCAUAGCCUUCCUGGAUGUCAGUUUGGUAGUAUGUGUCAAACACUCUAAAAGUGUCCAUCGCCUUUGACCUAGUGAUUCUACACUUGGGAAUUUACCCUAAGAAAAUAAUUAAAGAUUCAGUUACAAGAUGCUCACCCCAGCAUUGCAAUAGAAAAAAUGAGAAGCAGUUGUCUGAUUGGGAAUUCACUUCUUCUUUGCUGUAAUGAAAAUUUGCAAUGGGGGAUUGCUUAAGUAAAUCAUUGUAUAUCCAUCCAGAUGGUGGAGUACUGCACAGCCAUUAGAAGUCAUGUAGAAGAACAUUUGACUGGAAAGAAAAAUGCUCUUUGAAUAUUAAAAAGGUUAUGAAAAUAGUGUGUAUUAUGUGAUCUCAAUUUUUUUUAAUAUGGGUAUAUUCUUGUAUAUAUAAAACAGAUAAAGACUAAGGACAUAACUCUUAAAUGUUAAUGAUAGUGAUUAUCUUUGGAUGGUGGAACAAAAUCAUUGUGAUUUUCCUCUUUGGCUUUUCUAUUUUAAAAUUUUCUCCAUUGUGUAUGGUUCUCAUAUAAUAAAUAAAAUUUAAAAGAAUCAGUGUAAUUGUUUUAAAAACUUGGAGAGGUGGGUGUGGAGGAAUGAAGGGAUGCCCCUAACCCCUUGGACGAAAUGGGGUUUUGGUGAAGAAAAGGGGUUGUGAGAAUGUGAAGAACUUCAUUCUCCAGGAGUAAGUAGCUGGAAUCUACCCCUCUCCACCUACGAGAAACAGCUCUCUGAAUUGCUGGCUUUCAGCCAGCUGAAGAGGUGUGGUGUGGAGUAAGGAAAACAGUAAAAACCUGUCACUCUUCAGGAGAUGGAAGGUGGGGGCGUCGGGGAAGAUUUUAUCUCCAGGCUGAAAGGUUCUAGAAUCCUAUCAGUCUUUGAUUUUCUCUUUGAUUCUGUCCCAACCUGGAGGUGACCCUGCGUGACCUCUCCUUGCCACCUCAGAUUGGAAGAGAGAAUUCUAUUCACCUAACUUGUACCAAGCCCUGGGGGGAGGGGUGCUUUUCAAGACUUGAGUGCUAAGUGGUUUCCUUUUCCCUCCCCUCCUAAUAGCAAGGGUCCUCUGUAGGGCCCCCAAAAGCGGUUGGGGGGAGGAGUCCCCAGCGGGUCACUUCUCCAAAAUGGGAGCUGUUGUUUCAUUUGAAGGCACUGUGUAAGGGGACAGGACUGUUGGGAUUAAUAGGGUUGCCAUGAUGUGUUAAAGGUCUGGAAACCUCGGAAAGUGGAAAGGGUGGCUCGAAGGAAAUGAGGUACCCCCACAGCUGAGACGGGGUGGGGGUGAUGUGGGGCAGUGCGGUGGCGAUGUUUAAGCAAGUGGGAGUGGGUGUGCGCUGGCCUCUACCUUCAGGUCGGUGAGGGUGCCAAGAGUGGGAUGACCAGCAGGUGAAAGGUUAGUAUAGGGAAGAGGAGGUGAAAGACAAUGGGGCGGGGCCUCUGGGGGUGUCAGGUGAGUUUAGCGACCUAUUUCGGGAGUUCCGAAGGGUUUGGGACACAGGAGUUGGGGAAGAACCCUGUCGACAGCCUGGAAGUCCCCCUGAGCUCCGUUGCAAGGCGUGGUCCCCAGGAGCCCCCCAACCCGCCACCCAUCCUAGGGCGGGACAGGAUCUGUUGGCUGUAGCUCCGGGGCGUGGCUCCCCGGCUGCUCCAAUCACCACCUAGCCGAGUGAUGGGGGCGUGGUCGAAGCCUAGAAAAGUUAAAGCGGAUUCCAAAGGCGCGGUGGGCUGGGGAAGCCAAAGACCCGUUCUUGCGCGAAAACCAACUCACAGCCCCCGCAGCUGACAUUGGGUGCGUCCCAGCUGAGAGCGCCGGCGCCCAAGGGACUAAAUCGGACCUGCCAGGCCAUGUGGGGGCUCCUUGUGACCGGCGCCUCCUUCGCCGCCUUCCGGGGGCUGCACUGGGCGCUGCAGCUGCUGCCCACGCCGGGAUCUGCUGCCCAGGACCGUUGGAAGUGGCGGAACAUCUGUGUCUCCCUGGUGCACAGCCUGCUCACAGGGGUCGGGGCGCUGCUCGGGCUCUCGCUGUACCCUCAGAUGGCUGCCGACCCGAUUCACGGCCACCCGUUCUGGGCCCUGGUGCUGGUGGCUGUGUCCGUGGGUUAUUUCUUGGCGGAUGGAGCUGACAUGCUGUGCAACCAGACCUUGGGCCAGGCGUGGGAACUUCUCUGUCAUCAUUUGGUGGUAGUGAGCUGCCUCAGCACCGCCAUUCUGUCCAGCCACUAUGUAGGCGUCUCUAUGGUGUCUUUGCUCCUGGAGCUGAACUCUGCCUGCCUGCACCUACGAAAAUUGCUGCUGCUUUCCCACCAGGCCCCAUCCCUGGCCUUCAGCAUGGCCAGCUGGGCCACCCUGGCCACCCUGGCCCUCUUCCGCCUGGUGCCUCUGGGGUGGAUAAGUCUGUGGCUGAUCCGGCAGCAACACCAGGUGCCUCCUGCUCUGGUCAUCCUUGGUGGAACCGGACUGGUGACUGUGGGUGCCAUGAGCAUCAUACUGGGUGUCCGUAUUUUGGUCAGUGAUGUCCUACGGUCUCGGCACCGCCCACCCAUCCCUGGGCACAAGGAAACCAGGGACACAAGGAGAUGUUGUGAUGGUGAGCUUGUCACCAGGGAUGGUUCCAUUCUCAGCCUAAAAGACUAGAGAGAAGCGUCAGGCUCCUCUCCGGCCAGUCCUGGGGGAGACAUGACCAGGACAAGGACAUGGUGGUCUACAGUACACUGUCCUUCGAUGGGGUAAGGACCGAAAGGAAUUUUCAGUAUCUCAAUUCCUUUUCCGGCUAACUCACACCCCUCCCCAUUCCUAGGAUCUAAGAAGAAAUGCUGAUGCUCAUGAUGGGUGGGAAACCGGGAUCCUGGGCUAUUGUUCACUGAAUCCCAUCAUCAGAUGACUGCUUCGUCCAGCAGACUAACUCAAGAGGUACAGCCAGUUCUACCAAUAAGAGGUGGCAGGAGGCAUGAAGCUAAAUGAAACUACCAAUGAAAUCCUUUGCUUUAGCAUGGGAACAGGUGAAGAAAGGUGAGGUCCUGUUAGGAUCAGAGAGAUCUGGCAUGGAGGGGGUGGGGUCAGAGGAAGAAAGACCUCAACUGUGACCACAUUCUAGCAAUGGGAGGAGGCCACACAGGUGCUAUCAGUAGCCAGUGGGGGUGGACAUAAUAGUCACCAAGAGACAGAAGAACUGGGCCACUACAAUUGCUGCUGCUAUUUCUGGUUCUCAAAGCCACACUACUGUGUUUGUACUUAAUGUUAGUUCUACUGCCUUAAAAAAAAAUUUUUUUUAAGAGAGAGAGAGAGAGAGGGAGGGGCAUAGAGAGAAUAUUUUUGUAAUGUUUCUGUAUUUUGAGAGAGUGCAUGCGAGCAGGGGAGG